GCUGUUUCCUGUCUACAGUGUCUGUGUAAUGUAGAUAAAUGUGAGGAUUUUCUCUAAAUCCCUCUUCUGUUUGCUAAAUCUCACUGUCACUGCUAAAAUCAGAGCAGAUAGAGCCUGCGCAAUGGAAUAAAGUCCUCAAUAUUGAAAUGUGACAUUGCUCUCAACAUCUCACAUCUCUCUGGAUUUCUUUUUUCUCAUCAUUACUGCUAACAAAUUCAUUUCCAGACUUUGCACUUUUAAGAAGCAAUGGAAAAAAUCAACAGUCUUUCAACACAAUUAGUUAAGUGCUGCUUUUGUGAUUUCUUGAAGGUGAGGAUGCACACUGUGUCCUACAUUCAUUUCUUCUACCUUGGCCUGUGUUUGCUUACCUUAACCAGUUCUGCUGCUGCUGGCCCAGAAACACUUUGUGGUGCUGAGCUGGUUGAUGCUCUUCAGUUCGUGUGUGGAGACAGAGGCUUUUACUUCAGUAAGCCUACAGGGUAUGGAUCCAGCAGUAGACGCUUACACCACAAGGGAAUAGUGGAUGAAUGCUGCUUCCAGAGUUGUGACCUGAGGAGGCUGGAGAUGUAUUGUGCUCCAAUAAAGCCACCUAAGUCUGCACGCUCUGUACGUGCUCAGCGCCACACUGAUAUGCCAAAAGCACAAAAGGAAGUGCAUUUGAAGAACUCAAGUAGAGGGAACACAGGAAACAGAAACUACAGAAUGUAAGAACAUGCCAUCCACAAGAAUGAAGAAUGAAUGUGCCAUCUGCAGGAUACUUUGCUGUAAAUAAAUUAUUUGUUAAACAUUGGAAGACUUAAAAAAACCCUAUGGUUUAAUAAGCUUGAUGCAAUCUCAACCGAUGGGCAUUCUCCCAGUGAACAAUGCAACUAAACAUUCCAAUAUUAUGUCGUUAGAGAACAGAACAUUUUAACCAGCCCAGAGCUAAAAAAUUCUGUGGUUGAUAUAUUACUGUCUGUUAACCUGUUUUAAAUGUCCUGCACAAAAUCUCUUAAAGUCCUGUUCCCCUCAAAAGCCUACAAAUUUAUGGGCCUUUGAUGGAUCCAAUUGCACUAAAUUAACCUAUGAA